CACACCAACCUUAGCAACAGAGACCCAGGCGUUCCCCUAGCAACAGCAUCCUCUCCCCUAGUUACCACGCCGGGCGUGCUGACGUCAGUGCGCCCUUUACGCAGCGCUCUCCUUGGUAACCGCCCCGGCCGGCAGCAGCAGCUCCUGUCUCUUCCCUUCCGGACAACAACAAUGGCGGAUCCCUCGGACUCGGCUCCAUCCUCCGCCUCCCCCGGGCCCCCGGCCGGUGACGGCUCCCAGCGGCUCCUGUUCUCUCACGACUUGGUGUCCGGCUGCUACCGGGGCCACACCCGCUUCGGCCUGGUGCGUCUCAUCCACGGAGAGGACUCGGAGGAAGAGGAGGAUGCGCUGCCGGGGGAGGAGGAGAGCGGCCCCGGGGGGAGGAAGAAAGGAGCCGGCGGCGCUGCGGGAGGAGGGAGUCCCGGGUCGGAGCCGCCGCUCAGCAGGUUCGGCCCAUUAAAGCGCGGAUAUGUGCGGGUCCAGUGGUACCCGGAGGGCAUCAAGCAGGACGUCAGGGAGAACAAGUUAAAGCUGGAGGACCGCUCGCUGGUGCCCAGGGAUGUUGUGCGUCGGAUGGGUACAAAGGACAGCCAGUGCGGCACGGUGAUCGACGUGAACAUAGACUGCGUGGUGAAAGUGGUGGGGACCAACUGCUUCCUGCAUCCGGUCAACAGUAAGGAGCUGCACCACAUCUGGCCUAUCAUGUACGGGGAUUACAUUGCCUACGACUGCUGGCUGGGCAAAGUGUAUGAUCUGAAGAACCAGGUUGUCCUCAAGCUGUCCAACGGCGCCAGAUGUUCCAUGAGCACCGAGGAUGCGUCCAAACUGUACGACGUCUGCCCCCACGCCAGCGACUCGGGGCUGUUCUUUGAUGACUCCUAUGGCUUUUACCCUGGGCAAGUACUGAUCGGCCCCUCCAAGGUGUUCUCCAGCGUGCAGUGGCUCUCUGGGGUCAAGCCGGUACUGAGUGCCAAGAGCAAGUUUCGCGUGGGGGUGGAAGAGGUGCAAGUCACUGAAUUACGAGUUACUUGGAUCACAAAAAGCUUUUGUCUCGGCGGCACCGAUUCCAUGGACCCCCCACCCGCUGUGAUUACUCAGGAGAACCUGUCUAGAGUGAAACGACUGGGCUCCUUCGACCACACGCAGAGGCAGCUGGGAGAGCGCUGUCUGUACAUCUUCCCCACUAAGGUGGAACCCACCAAAAUUCUGUGUGAAAGUCUCGAGAAGAACUGCCUGCUGGGGGAGGUCACCGUCACCAGGAAGGUCCAUACACAGCAGGUGGAAAAGCUACGGGAGAAGCAGAUAGUCAAGAUAAUCUCAUGUACCCAGGAUCCCUCCAACCCUACUGAACUCCUCAAAAAAAACUCCACAGUGCCCCCGUCGUAUGAAAUACCCACAGCAAGGGCAACCGAGGAAGAUCUUGUCUCUGCCAAGCUGGAAGGGGAACCCCCCGAGGAACCGAACGUUCCGGAGUGCCCAACCAAAGAGCAGCCUUUGGGCACCUUCCGGGAAAUAUUCCAGGGCCUCCAGCUGCAUUCCUCGGAACAGGACGCCGACGAUGAAGCCGCAGGGGAUACCGACGAGACCAGCUCGGUGACUUCCUCGGCCAGUUCUACGGCUUCUUCCCAAAGUGGCAGCGGCGCUGGGCGCAAGAAGAGCAUCCCCCUGUCCAUCCGGAACCUCAAGAGGAAACAUAAGAAGAAGAAAAAGAGCAAAGUAUACAGAGAGUUCAAACAUGGCGACAGGGUGGCUGUCGAGGUUAUAACCACUGUGACCACGGCUGACGUUAUGUGGCAAGAUGGGAGCGUUGAGACCAACAUCCGCUCUAAUGAACUGGUACCGAUCCAGCAUCUGGAUAACAACGAGUUCUGCCCCGGGGACUUUGUAGUCGACAAGAGAGCCCACGCUGCCCAGGACCCCAGUAUAUACGGAGUGGUGCAGUCUGGGGAUCACACGGGCCGUACUUGUGUGGUAAAAUGGAUCAAGCUGAAUUUGAAUGGGGACGAUACGGAGCUUGUUGGGGAAGAGGAGGAUGUCAGUGUGUAUGACAUUGUUGACCAUCCAGAUUUCCGAUUCCGAGCCACAGACAUAGUGAUCCGCAUUGGCAACUCUGAUCCAGAAGCCUUUCCUGAUGCCAGCCAGCCGUCGGUGGGGCAGGUGGCUCGGGUGGACGUGAGCAGCAAAGUCGAAGUGAUCUGGGCUGAUAAUUCCCGGACUAUUGUCCUCCCACAGCAUCUGUAUAACGUGGAAUCCGAACUGGAGGAAUCCUUUUAUGACUCCGUGGACAGCAGCUCCAGCGGCGCCUCGUCUGAUGAAUGGGAGGAUGAGAGCGACAGCUGGGAAACGGACAACGGGCUGACGGAAGAUGAAAUCCCUCGGGCGGCGGGGGGGGAGGAGGCGGCGGCUUCACAGAAUGAGACCGCCCCCGCAGAGCCGAUGCAGGAACCGGCGCAAGACGAGGCGGAACAGAGCGCUGCAUUGGCUGCGGCCGCGGAUCUGGGAGUUCUCGGCGUGAAAGUGAAUGAGAAAGAAGGGAUUGUGAAGAGCUUUAAGGAGCUGAAGGAGGCCAUUAAGAUCCUGGAGAGCCUGAAGAACAUGACGGUAGAACAGCUGCUCACCGGCUCCCCAACCUCCCCCACAGCCGAGCCGGAGAAGUUCACUCGGGAGAAGAAGUUCCUGGAUGAUAUAAAGAAGCUGCAGGAGAACCUCAAGAAAACCCUGGACAAUGUGGCCAUAGCUGAGGAGGAAAAGAUGGAGUCGGCGCCCGAGACUGAGAAGGAGGAGAAAGCUGAAGCGCAGACGCCCGUCCGGUCAGAAUGGCCGAGUGACACGCCCGUGUUGUGCCAGCAGAGCGGCGGCAAACCCGGCGUCAUCUUCACCAGCGCCAAAGGGGAGGUCUUCUCUGUGCUUGAAACUGCCCCCGAGAGCCAAGCCUUUAAGAAGCUGGAGUUCCAAGCCCCGGAAGCCAAGAAGUUCUUCAGCACCGUGCGUAAAGAGAUGGCUCUGCUGGCGACUUCCCUCCCGGACGGCAUCAUGGUGAAGACCUUUGAAGACCGAAUGGAUCUGUUCUCUGCACUUAUUAAAGGGCCGACGCGCACCCCGUAUGAGGAUGGGCUCUUCCUGUUCGACAUGCAGCUCCCCAAUAUCUACCCGGCGGUGCCCCCAUUGUUCCGGUACCUGUCUCAGUGCAGCGGCAAGCUAAACCCCAACCUCUAUGACAAUGGGAAAGUGUGCGUCAGCCUCCUGGGGACCUGGAUAGGAAAGGGUACCGAGAGGUGGACCAGCAAGUCCAGUCUCCUGCAGGUGCUAAUCUCUAUACAAGGCCUUAUUUUAGUGAAUGAGCCGUACUACAACGAAGCGGGUUUCGACAGUGACCGAGGCUUGCAGGAAGGCUACGAGAACAGCCGAUGUUACAACGAGAUGGCGCUUAUCCGCGUGGUCCAGUCCAUGACGCAGAUGCUGCGGAGGCCGGUGGAAGUCUUCCAACAGGAGAUCCGCGAGCACUUUCAGAGCAGCGGUUGGCGCCUGGCGCAUCGCAUAGAGAACUGGUUAGAAACCAAUUCCAUGGUAGAAAGAGGAGGCGAGCACAGGAACGGGCAGGAGCACCCGUGUAUAGUGCCGUACAGCCCGACGGAGCCGGAGUGCACCCCGGAGCCAACUCUUGAUUCCAAGGACCUAGAUGAUUCUGGAUGCGGUGCCUCCACCAUGUCCCCGGGGGAGUCCCAGCAAUUCUCUGACUUGGAAAGCACAAGCAAAGGCGCCACGGGGGGCGCCAGUCUCUCAGAUGAGCCAAGAGGGGCGGCUGGGGGCGGGCAGCCCAGCGUCAAACCAAAGAAGCGCAGAAAGAGCUAUCGUAGUUUCCUCCCUGACAAACGAGGCUACCCCGAUAUCGGCUUCCCCCUCUUCCCCUUGUCCAAGGGCUUCAUCAAGAGCAUUCAGGGAGUUCUGGCUCAGUUCAAAGCUUCCCUGUUGGAAGCCGGCAUCUCGGAGCCUCGCGGAGACAGACUGACGCUACCAUUAUAAGGACGGAAGCGGAGGAGUAACGGGGGUCCUACCUUCCCACCCAGCUCAACCCAUUCAUCCUCUCUUCCCCCCACCCAUAAUUCCACUGCCACGUGGCCCUCCUCCAGAGAGGUCUCUGUACAUCUAGCCCAAACAUUUGUGGCCUCUCAUUGGUAGAAGCUGAAUCCAAUGAAUACUGUAAUUCUGCUAAUAAAACCUCCCUUAUCCUCUUUCUCCCCCCCCCCCCCCCCGCUGUCCAGUUUUUUUGCUCCUAGCGCCCCCUGGAGACCGCCUUGCUGCUAUGGGACAGAACAUUGCAGGAAGAGAGACCCCGUAACAUGGGGUCGGAUCACUGUAGACCCCUCUCUUUGCAAAGAUGUUCUCACAAAGCUAUAUACUGAGAUCCAAUCUCAAAGCUACAAACUGUUUACUGAAUACGUCCGGCUUCUGUUAUCGUUGGGAGGGGGGGGCAUCUCGUUUGCUUCUAGGCGUGGUGGGACGGAACAUGGCGUCGGGAUGGAUCAAUUAACAGGUACUCCAUCGAAGGACUUAACUUGUCUCAACUCUCUGGGCUGGACCCACGUCGGACAGAAGCCUUACACGAGCAGAUGAUAGUCCGUCUCUGAUUGGCCGCCUACCAAUGGCGAGAGGCAUGCGUGACACGUCUUCCUUGGGUUUGGUGCCGUUUAAAGAGACAGUGAGUGUUUGUAUGAGAUUUCUAACUAAUGCAGAAGCGCCACGCUUUACGGCAGUCUCGGUUCCCCAUUGCUGCUUGUCACGGGAGCUUACAGGCCCUUCUGCGCCAGUUACAGAUCCCUUAUUGGCUCGUGGGUAUAACUUCAAUGGAUUCUUGUGGGACUUGUAUAACCUCAAUCUCAUAAUCAGGGCUGAAGGGGUUGCACCAGAGGGGAAAUGUCGGGGUGGGGGGGGGCAUGCUUGUCAUUAAAGGGAGUGUCUGCUUUUAUACCCCCGUUGGGAUCACUGGUGGCGACCUGUUCUUAAUGCCCCCGGGGGCCUGCAGUGGUUUUAUUACUGGGAUGAUGCCAUUAUUGGCCCAGUCCAGUGUUUUAGGUUAAAGCGUUAGGGCAGUGAGCGGAUAAAUCCCCCCCCCUUGUGGCUUUCACGGACGUUGUCAUUCACUGUGACAUAUUCCAUUCAUUGGGCGAGGACAUUGGUGGGCGAUGACAAGAUGGCAUUGGUUCGUCCUGCCAUAUUGCCUGGCCAAUAAACAGGCUGCGCCCGUGUGUGUGACAUCAUCCUUAGAGGCAGCAGUUAAACAUGACAUCAUUCAGUUUCCUAUUGUGUCAUAGGGUAACAAGUCAGCGAGAGCGCCUCCAUAGGAGCACUGUCUGUAUACGAGGCCCACUGCAGGCCGGGACACCUUCCCAUGAUCCUCUCCUGCGCUCUCCACCAGUCACUGCCUUAUAUUUAGGCAUGUUUACAAGGUUUAUUUCCGUUUUGGUUCUCUCUUUCUGAACAAAUGUGAGUUUUAUUUAUGCCGGGGGGGGGGGCGGCCGCUCUCUCUCUAGCGCUCUCUCUCGCUCUCGCCGCCUGUCAUGCUGUCAUGUUCCCGCCUGUUUAUGUCAUAUUUGAGGGUAUAAAAUAAAUGCAAAAUAAAGGAUAUUUUAAAAAGGUGCGGAGAGAAGAUGGAGUGUUACUUGUGGGUAGGUGGAGGCUGCGUGAUAGACAGCAGGGGCCGCCCAGCUUGUGGCAGUUUGGCUGCAACUCCCUGCACCCUACAGCUCCACCCGGGAGUGGGACCCACAUGGCCGCAAGCUGGGCGUCACCUGAUUGGAAGCAGAAUUUAGCCCCUCCCCUUCUCCCCUGAGAUCCUCUCCUUGUCUCAUGACGGUGCUUCCAUUGUUUUAUUUGCCCCCCUAAGUGCAUGUAGAGCGCCCCCAAUCUCUCACUCUCGAUACCAAAUGAAGCAGUUUCCCGUAAUAAUCGCCAGCGCAUGGUUUGGGCUGCAAACUCCCUGCUUGUGAGUCAUGUCAAACAGAAUCUCAGGACUGAAGGGGUUACAAACCUGCCCCCCCCCCCUUAUGGCAAAAUGUACAUUAUCUCAAUGCUUGAAAUGAGUCGGAACCAAAAUGCUUUAUAAAUAUCUGCGUGCUGAUUGGUGCGUGUGUGCGCGUGUCGUGCUUUCCCGCUCGCUCGGGGUUUUUUUACUUUUUUUUUUUUUCAUUUGCUAAUUUAAUGUAAAAAACAAAAUUGCAGGAUUGGUAAAUUAAAGAUUGUUUUGCUGAA